AUGUUGUUGUAUUUUUGUUUCUUCGUUUUUCUCAUCCAUGGCGUGAAAAGUGGCGACAAGGAGAUAGAAAACUGCAAUAGGGAAGUAGGAGGUCGUCAGCGACCAACUGUCGAUCCAAGUCGUUGUGCAAAAAUCGAUUCACCCGCUUGUACUGCUAUAUUUCCAUACAAUCCUCCCGACCGUGCUGGUGAUACGAUCGCAACACACUUCAAUCCGUAG